ACAUCUUGGUCUUCUCCUUUAACUAGUCUGCGUAUUCAAAUAUUUACAGAUAAAUAAAUUUUACGCCACGCCUUACUUCGUGUGUCCGAAAACAAUUCAACCAAUGUACUGAAACGCAGAAUUUAACCUAAAAACUCCUUUAAUUUCGACAAAGAAAAUGCAGGUAAUAGAAUGGACUCUGAGUUGUCGUGAAACAUAUUUAACGAUGAAAAUAUUCACCAGAUGGCGGAACAGAAGAGUUUCUUAAUUCUACAGUAUUCGUAAGCGUUGGCAAGCCACCACCGUCAACAACCGCGAGGUACAGAUUAUUUAAGCCGGCAAAAUGUGGAAAGCACUAAGAAUCGGCGAGAAGCUGCUAUUAAAAUGCAAAAAUGCUCCGAGGUACCGAACGUUCUUGUCGGAAGCGUAUCAAUGUCAGGAAAUAUGGAACAAGAGGUUCGAAUUGCCUACACUGCAAAACGUACACGUAGGUAAUAUGUUUAUCGAAGUAGAUCGAAAAUUGUCAGUACACGGUCAAAUCAGUGCCGUAGACGUCGACAUAUUUACACACUCCAUCGCCGAUAAGGAUAAAGUUGACGAACUUGUACAUCUUGUUCACUCUUUGAGGUUAACUCCAGAAACAUCAAACACGUUGGAAUCUACGUCUCAUGCAUUGAUUCGCUUCCUCCUAGAAGUUGGGGAAAUCGAGUUAUUGUUACAAAUUCUGGACGACAGAUUAAAUUACGGUAUCUUCCCAGACUAUUUCUGUUACAAUAUUAUGAUGGAUCGUUUCAUAAAAGAGAAGGAUUUUGCCUCUGCUGCAAAAGUGGCGGCGCUGGUGAUGCUGCAGGAGGAUAGUGGAAAUCCUAUAACGAAUUCAUUUGCUAUUUAUUCAUGUCAUAUGCAUUUGAACGACCCAGAUAAAUGGAAAAGGGUAGAAGAAGAAAAGGAUGACUCGACUGAAGAGAUUAAGGUGCGAGUUAAAUACCUUAGGAAUCCUUAUUUCGAUGACCAUUUUGAUUUGCGAGAGCCUAGUGAUCUCGUGGGAAAAACACUGGCAUUUUUUGGGAAGAAACUUGGCGGUGCUUUGGGCAGAUCGUGCCAAUUGAGAGGAUUGAUACUGUAUAAAAAAUAUGCAGAAAUAAAUACUCUGAUCAAGAAAUGGAUAGAAGGUGGUACAAAGCAAGUUGUUUUUAAAGAGGCGCUUCAACUUGCCAAAAAUCAUUUGUCUGGAUUACCGGAAGAUCAAGUAACGGACGAAGUUAAGGAGCUGCAAAAUGCUUUCAAUACACUGGAGGGUUGCGACUUGGUAGAGGCGAGUUUUCUGCAAGCAAUUGAAGAUCUAGUUAAAACGGCUGUAAAUGAACAAGCAGAUGCAGACAUACUUCUUCAGUGUGAGAACUACGUUAAGUGGGAAGAAAUUAGAUCUCUCGUGCUGCAACAGCAUUUGGCAGAGCUGACCCGUCAGAAAAGAAUUGCCCAAAUAUCAGAAAUAAAGAAGGACCUCAGCGACAGAGAGAGAAUUUUGACCUUCUUCGAACGAGAAGAAGAAAUCGAAUUAGAAAUUGAGGAACGAAAUAUGAAAAAAGAAACCGAGAAAGAUCUCCCCUUAGUGAGAAGAUCAGCCCUGCCAGAAGGUUACGUGUUACCAGAGAAUGUACCAUCGAGAAAGUAAGACAGUCUCCUUAGUGGAGCACGUCCA